AUGCGGCUCAACCCGCACCUCGCUCUCCGCCUGUUCGACCACCUGCUCCGCUCGGGCGCCGACCCGGACCCCGCGGCGUACGAGCUCGCUUUCGCGUCCUGCGCGCGCGGGAGGGACCGUGCCACGGCGGCGCAGCUCCACGCCCACGCCGCCAAGCGCGGGCUCGUCGCCUCGCACCGCCGCGUGCGCUGCAGGCUCGUCCACGCCUACGCCGUCUGCGGGAUGCUCCCCCACGCGCGCAGGGUGUUCGACGGCGGGACCGACAACGACAUGGUCGCCUGGAACUGCCUGCUGCGCGGGUACGCGCAGGAGGGUGGGGACGCGGACUUGCUCCGUAAUUUCUUUGCCAGGAUGCCGUCCCGGGACAGCUUCUCGUGGAACACCGUCCUUUCAUGGUGCGUCGUGAAUGGGGAGUACGACGAGGCAAUCGCAGUGUUCCGGGAGAUGCUCGCGAGCCAGGAGUGCCAGCCUGAUAGGGUGACAUUAGUGAGUGUUGUCUCUGCAAUUGCAUACUUGGGGGCACUUGCACAGGGUCUCUGGGCACAUGCAUAUGUCUUCAGGAAAGGUGUUGAAGUCGAGGAGAAACUGUGCUCAGCAUUGAUAAACAUGUACUCAAAGUGUGGGUUCAUUGAGGGUGCAGUUUAUGCGUUUGACAAUGUCCGAGGAAAGAGGAGCUUGGAUACUUGGAAUGCAAUGUUAGCUGGUUUUACAGCGAAUGGCUGCAGUGACAGAGCUCUGGAGCUCUUCACCAGGAUGGAGUCAACAGGGCUUAUGCCUAAUAAGAUUACUUUUAACAGCAUACUGAAUGCUUGUAGCCACAGGGGGUUAGUUGAGGAAGGUAUGAGAUGUUUUCAGAUAAUGUCUAGAGUUUAUGGUAUUGAGCCCGACAUUGCACAUUAUGGUCGCAUGGUGGAUCUGUUCUGCCGUGCAGGGAUGUUUGAGAAAGCUGAAGAGAUAAUUCAGAUAAUGCCGAUGGAGCCAGAUGCUUCCAUGUUGAAGGCCCUAUUGGGUGCUUGCAGAACUCAUAAGAACUUAGUUGGGAAAGAAGGCCAGACAUGGGCUUAUUGA